ACUCAACUACGACUUUAGGAUUUAACAUAUUCAUACGUACACUAAUGUCCCAAGUAAUUUUUUCAAAAUACAUUAUAUCCUACUCAUAUCAGUAAAUGCAUAUAACUAACAUAAGUAUGAGACUGAUUGUAAGUUGAAAAAUAUAAUAUUGGUGCAUUUAGAAGUGUGCAAUUUGUCUGUUUAUUCAAUGGUGAAAUUCUAUAAUUACAAUUAUACAUUAAGCUAUAGUUCAACUCAUACAGGUCUUGAAAAAUGGAUAUGUGUACAACAUCAUCCUCAUCGCUAUCUGAAAGAGUUAUUGUGGGACCUACUGUCCUUAUUUUUUGUCUAUCUACUCAAUUUUAGAUUUCUUUUUGCUCCUCUUACUGCUUUUGUGUUUUCGUUUACGUUUUUUACUUUCUUUACCAGUUUUUACGUGGGAAGCAUUCUCUUUCUAGGGCUGUUCGUUGAAAAUAUCGUUUAUACCUGUCGAUUGUACAUUGUCCGUUCCGACACAUCGCUAUCAUCACUGUCAUCAUCAUCUGAUGAAGAACCGGACGUAACAGCUGGUGUUUUAUGUAACGAGAUUGACGGAUUACUGAUGCUGCUGCUGCUCUUCGCAUUUUCCGUUAAAUCAAUAAACAUCUUAUUUUUGGCUCUAUUAAUCGUAUCCGCAAUCGGGCACACUUUGGCCGGUGUAAUCGGAUUUCUUUCUUCUUCUUCAUCAUCGUCUUCACUUGCUAUGUCAUCUAUGAAAACUGAUGUUUUCUUUUUGCGGUAGGGCUGCUCUUCUUCUUCAUCAUCUUGAGAAAUAAAAUCUUGCUCUUCUUCUUCGUCAGUACUAGACUCCUCUUCAUCU